GGUAGUAUUUUGAUAUAACUGCAAAAACUUGGUACUAUGAAAAUAAAAUGUGAAAAUAAAACCUGAUCAACAUUUUUGUGACCACUAUAUAUACAAUUUCUUCCAUUUACCAUACAUCUAAAUCCAUUCUCUAGAAAUUCUUUCAACGUCAUCCCCAUAAACAUUGUAUACACUUCUAUUGACUAUUGUCGUACCAAUAAAAAAAAGUGUAUAUAUAAUUACUUAUGUAUGACGUUUGAUUACUUAUGAUGGAAUCGUAAGAGGCAACGAUUAUCCGCUAAGACGAAAUAACAUAAUUGUAAAGGUGAACGUUCAUUCAUGUUUCAUGGAGGAGACUUGUGUUUUAUGUUUGUUUCAUGUUACAAUGAGCACCCAUUAUUAAACUACGGACUGUGAUUCAGGCCGGGGUAGGCACGUGCGAUGUAUGCGCGGACGAGACAGCGGUGCGAGGCGCAAAGCGCAGCCGCAGUCGUCGCUCGGAUCUCGAUCGGGCCGGUUGCGUACUGUGUUUGUAGGUAGAUUCGCGAGCUACCAACAAGCGUCGUUUAGUCCAUUCCGAGCCGUGCAAUCGAGAUGGUCUUUUUCCUAGUUUUUCUAUAUGACCACGCGUAAGCAUUGCUCUUCUGCGUGUGUUUGUUUUGCUCCUAACAUUUAUCUAUCUCGCGACCGUGUAACGACAUUUAAGUAACGAUCGUUCGUUCGUUCGUUCGUUCUUCCUUUUAAGACUUUAAGAAAGUGAGACAGAGAGCCAACGAGAUAAAAAGAGUACUAUAAUUCAAAUCAUCAUGGAUCGAUCGUCGAAAAUGAUUCUACGAAAGAUCAUUAUAGAUUUCGUGUGCUUGCUUAUUGUGGGUGGUGCGGUGCUGAUGUUUUUCCUGUUCGGCAAACCGUACAAGCGUGGAUUCUUCUGCAAUGACGAGUCGUUAUAUCAUCCGUUCCACACGUCGACUGUAACCAGCGUGAUGCUCUACGUCAUUGGUCUUUUACUUCCUAUAUGCACGAUGAUAAUCGGAGAGUAUCUUUACGCGAGGCAUUGUGAAGCAGAUUCGACGAAGAUAUUGUUUGGCUACAACAUACCACCAUGGUUAUGGGGUGCAUAUGAAAAGAUUGGCGUAUUCGGUUUUGGAGCAGCAACGACUGUUUUAAUCACCGACAUCGCCAAAUACACGAUCGGCCGACUGAGACCCCAUUUCAUGACUCUUUGUGUGCCUAGCAUUAAUUGUAGCCUGCCUGAAAAUCAGCACAGGUAUAUCGAGAACUACGUCUGCACCGAGAACAUCUCGACCAGACUUCUAAAGGAGAUCAGAUUAUCCUUUCCCUCAGGACACUCGUCAUUCUCGGCCUACACGAUGAUCUACCUCGCGCUGUACUUACAAUUAAGGAUGACAUGGAAGGGUAGCAAGCUGUUGAAACACUUCCUGCAACUUCUGUGUAUACUUAUGGCCUGGUUCACGGCAUUGUCACGAGUUUCUGAUUAUAAACAUCACUGGAGCGAUGUUCUGGCCGGCUCGACCCUUGGUACCAUCGUGGCACUAGUCGUGGCGAACUGCGUGGCGAACCUGUUCAAAGAUCGGAGUCGUUGCUCGAUGGAUGAGAAACGCCGUGCAGCCGAUUACGAAACAGGGGGCGGUACACAGGUGAAUAAUGGCUCUACUAAUCGCAACUGUUGACCUAACGAGCUAGCUCUUCGCUUGCUGACCACACCAAGACCGUGACUCGUCUUCUAAUUGUCUCUGGGGAGCUAGUCUGGUCUCAGGGAACAAAAGCACAUGCUACUGGCCGCCUGAAGUCGAGUUAUACGAAAAACAUACGGUGUCCGAAUGUUGGUGUCGCGAAUUUUAUUGUUCGACAGCGAAACUGCCUUACGCGCUGCUGGGGACCCUUCAUCAUCCGCCCACCUUCUCGGCGAUUCUUCUAGACGUAGCCUGUUUCAACAUGAUCCAUCAUAAUCAUCAUAAUCAUCAUCGGCUGGUGUUCCAUGCUGAUCGUAUUCCAAUUAAAAAGAAAAGAAAAACAAAGAGAAAGGAGCAAAAAGCAGCAAUAUUUCAUGGGAUGGAACGGAUUAUUUGACGAAACUACAUUUACGUUAAACGGAACGCUGCUAAAUAGAAAAGAGUUCUCCGUAAUGUUGUAAAAAUGAAAAACGAGAUGGUGGAUUUUUUUUUUUGGGAGAGAUAAAUAAACGAAGAGAGGAGCUACUCGAAUUACAAAACUGAUCUUUACGAUCAACGAUCGUCGCUGUACUUUGUUUAAAACUUAAAAUUAAGAGACAAUGUCAGAGGAAUUUCUGCGAGUUUCGUCCGUGCAGCUAAGCAUUACGAAACUUCGUUCUGUCUGAAAUGAAAAGUAUUCGAUUAAAAUAGGAAACAUAAUUAAGAAACGAUAGUAAGAGAGAUCCAGGAGGAGUGACACAAGAUUUUUUACGUGCAGUACAUUCCCAAUUUAUCAAUGAAACAAAUGUAACGCUAUACUCUUUCGACACCUUUUAGAUUUAGCGUAUUAUCUUCCUUCUCGAAUCGAAAAAUCGACGACGAAGUAUGUGGUUUGUUUCUUUUUUUUCUUCUUUUUUUUUCUUUCAUACAUCUGCAGCCAAGCUCGAAAACAUUGUCGGAAUUGACCGAUAUGUAAAUUAUUGUAUCGUUCGAAACGUGCUACUGUAUUCUGAUUUACGAUUAGAAUAACGAAGCACUCUCCUUGUUAUUCGUAUGAACGGUUAAUUUUAUGUCUGCGUUAAGAUAUAAGUCGAGUGUAUUAUAAUAUCUUUAACAUAUUAUAUGUGUAUAUAAAUAUGUUAUAUUUUAAUGUCUUAUUGACCGUUGAUCUUGUUCCUAUGAUUGUAUUUCGCAAUUGAAAUUCGUGCGAAUGACGCGCGUGACAAAUAUAUUCUACUCUUUUUUUUUUCUUUUUUCAAAAAUAUCAAAUUAAUAAUAUAAAACACACCUUUGCCUUUUGUUGAGUUGUUGGCAAUUGACAUAGUCUGUACGUUGCUUAAAAAAAGAAAUAAUAUUGAUUCCUUAAGGUGAGCUGAUAAAGGGUGUGACGAAGGAUAUUUAUAUAUUUUGAAGGAAACGAGACAUUUUUUAAUACAUGUUUUUAAAUAUUUUAACAUUACGAUGUUAAAAUUAUUAUGAACUUGUAUUGUAAAUAUAUGUAUAACGUAAUUUAAUUGCAAGAGUUAUUUUUCUUUUUUUCAGUAGAUUUUAUUUUAGGUAUGUAAUCUCGUGUGAACUUUUAUUUAUAAUUUUUCGUACUCGAAGCAAACGACGAUGAAAAAUUUAGAAACAGUUGAUAAGCAAUAAUCGUGAAUUGACAUAAGUAUAUAUCACUAUGAAAUAAUAUUUCAAAAUAUAUUUCAUUAAUCUUUGUAUUCUUUCAACGUGUUCUCGAAAAUGAGUUUCCCUUUCUAUAUGCCCACAUUUGUUCAAUUUCUUUUUACGCGUCUUUUACAUUUAUUGUGUGUAUCGAUACGUCAUUAAAUGACGUUCGAGUAUUUUGUAAUCAAGAAACGAAUUGUUUAUAUGUAGUGUAGUUAUACGACGAUAAAGAUAUAACUACGUUCAAAUGCGAAUAAAAUUCACGAGAAACAUGAUUCAUGGGAUAAGUUAGAUUAGAUAAUUUAUGAAUACUUUUACAUUCUACCGUACUUCCAACUUCGAACUAUAAAAUGUAAUAGAAAAUAAAAAUUUACGAACAAGGGGUGGUAUAUUGUAUUUUUUAAUUGUUAAAUUUCUAUUGUUAUACAUAGAUAAUUUUAUUAUUAACGUUAUUAGAUUAUUAGUAUUAACUAAGCGAUCUUCUGAUAAUUACGAUAACUUUAUCAUGGAAAAUUAAGAUUAAAUUACGAUUACCGUUGAUGAAACAAGCUCAAAACAAUUAAAUGGAAUUGGUAAAAUAUUUAUAGAUAUUAAUAUGCUCGUGGAAAAUAUUUUACGAACAUUCCAAACCACGAGAAAUCAAAUAAAAUGUUUCUACUUAAUAAAAUACCAGCAUCUUAAUUGCUGUAAUGCAAAUUGGCGGUCAAUAAGAUGUUAAUUGUUAAAUAUAAAAUACGAUCGAUUUCGUUAGACGAUAAUUUAAAAAAAAAAUAGAAAACUCUAAAGAGAAGACGAUAAGCCUUAAUUUCACAAUGUGUCUUUCAUAUUCUUUAAAUAUUAGAGAAAAUAAAAACAAGCAAAAAGAAAAAAAUAACGCGAAGUAAGUUGAAUCGAUUGUUAAGGGGCUACAUAAAUCCAGGAAAUUAUCAAUUUCUUUUCAUAUCUUUUGUAUCUUCAAGCCUGUCAAAUAUUUAAGCGCUUUAAACGUUUUACCGUGAAGCGAUUACUGUCAAAAGCGAUACCAAAAGUAUUAAAAUAAUCUGCGAAUUGUUGCAUCGGCAAAUAAUACUUUUGCAAUAAUAAUAAUAAUAUUUUUGCAAAACUUGCACGACUGUAAAACCUAAAUAUCCACUAUUUUGAACAAUGAGCAUUUUUCUUGAAAAUUACAUUUCCUUGGAUCGGAAACAUGUUGAAAGAUACGUAGUUCUUAAUUUCCUAAAGAUAAGUAGCUCCUUAAUUUGUUAACUGGGCAAAGACGAGUUAACUGGUCGCUGGCAUUAGUAAUAUUUUGUACUUAAUAAUUCAUUUAUCUCCUCCUUCUUUAUCUCAUAAUUACUCUGAUAUUAAAGAUAAUAAAUAUAUUAAUCCAUUUACAUUUGCAUAGAAUUCGAUCGUAGGAUUAAUUCGUCUUUCAUUAAUUAUUUAAAAAAUCGUCCAGUUAACGAGUUAAAACGACUGAGUUGAAUAUUACUAGCAGUAUAAACUAUGUCUAACGCGAUUUAUCGGAUUUGCACGAUGGAUCAUGUUCCCUGUGCUCGUUCAUACAGACGAAGGGAUCGUUAAUCGUUGCUUAAAGAGUUUCGUAUUUAUUCUAGGGCAAGUCUCCUGCUAUUACUUCGAGCAAAAAUGUAAACAAGGGGUUUACGAUAUACAACGCAAUAACAUUGAUUAAAAAGAAAAAAUUGUAACACGUGUACCGUUUUAUUGUGAUAUCAUGGUCAUUAAAUUCUGCACAGAUCGAGAAUGUAUACACCAGAUCGAAGUAAUAAGUUCGCUCAUCUUUCGAUGAAAUAAUAUCGAAAUUUCGAUCGCUGUGAUAACAAAGAUAUUAAUAAUUCUAAGUUUUAUUCGAUGAAAGUAACCGUUGGCAUUGGUAUAUAACGUCUAAUAAAUAAAAUAUAAAAAGUGAUGGA